AUGCUGGCCCCAAUAUGCGCACGCGGCACGUUUGAAACACUCUUGCGGGCAUUGCCUCUCAUAAUGAGCAUUUUUCGGGCUAACACUAUUCCAGGAAAGAUUGUUGCCUACCGUGACAUUGGGAAAGCCGUGGAUGAACCCCGAGCUGAAGGAACCCACGACUCUGGGGCACGGAAAACACUGUCCACAACUCGAAUUCACAAGAAAAAUACCACGACUACUGCCUCCACACCUAAUCGGACUCUUGACGACUUGGAGAAGCCUAUUCUCACCGAAUCUGCAUCUUCAUCUUUUGUCUGGGAUGGCUGGCCUGACGAUGUUCUCAAGAAGGAUUUCUCCUUCGACGAAGUUGAGCGCCUUGAUGACCUUCAAGUGCACUGGGCGACGAAAACCAAUGGAACUCGACUGGGCGAUAUUUUUGCCCUAACUUGGGAGGGUGGUAAAAAGAGCGUGCGCAAGUGCUUGGGCAUUAUUGAGUGUGAUAACCCCGACUGUAGGAUCAUCAUUCGCCCUCGCACCCAUCCUAAACCGCUUCAGGCUCAGCUUCAGCAGUCAUGCAAAUGUGGCGCAGUACUAUACCACGAACGCUGUUCGGUUCACGAGACUCUCUGGAAGUGGGCCGAGGGGAUACACUGGACGAAUAGUGGUGCUCAUAAACACCCGCGUCCGACCCACAUGCUUCAUUUAUCUGGGGAAGAGAAGAAUCGCUUCCAGGACCUUGUUCAGGCCCAUCCAACUGUCGGUCCUCUAGGUCUCAUCGUGGGCGUUCCAGGGAUUAAUGGUCCCGGGAAAUCCGUGACCGAAAUAUCUGACAUAUUCUGGAAUGCAGACCGUGUUAGCAAAGAGCGUUCGAAGAUUAAACAAGGAGCUGAUGUAGGUGGAGAUGGCUUUAUUGCUGCCUUCAAGAAGCUCGAGGAAGACCAUCCCGAGUUCGUUGUCUCUUCAACAUUUGGGAUUGUCACGGUUGUUUCCCUUCAAACACCGUUCAUGCGCUCGCUUCUGGUGAGGGAUACGACUCUGGAGGAGCCAGUUAAUGGGACUGUCAACGAUGCCACUCAUGGGUGGUGGUCAGAGCGCAACGCCCUACUCAUUGUGACGUCUGUCUAUGAUGUCAAAACGCAAUCAUGGUCGCCUUCCCUGUUCUCAUAUUCAAACGGGGCACGAACUCUCCACUUCAAGUAUCAUUUCGUCGCCUUAUUCCAAGGGAUCGCAGAGGAAGCCGAUUCACGUGGAAUUGACAUUGAAGAUCGCUUAUUUGCUGGGGUAUAG